GGAAGCCGCGGUGGUGACAACGACAGGUGGUGGGAGAAAAACGGUGUAUGGAUAUGUUUAUGACACCAAUAGGACUAACACGAUAAGAGUCCGGGAUAACAACAAAGGUCAACAUGGCGACCACAAUGCCUAGCCUGCUGCCAGCGAGCACAGGCGUGCAGUUCACCGCCAGACCAAGCACAAGACUGCGUGACCAGUCCAGACUCAAACAUGUCGGCUCUUCAUCUUCUCAUGCAGGGUCUCCUGUAGCCUCAGACAUGGGAGUUAUUUCUCCAAAUGGUAGCAUGUCAAGUAUUGAAGUUGAGGCUCUGUUAAGGGAGAAGGUGAGAGCCAACGACCAGAACAUUAUACAGGGCUUUCAUACUUACGAUAUUGAACAAAAUCAGAGCGUUACUAAGGGCGAGUUUCGCCGCGUUCUCGAGUCGUUUUGUUGUCGUCUCACCACAGAGCAGUUUGAAGCAGUUUUGGCAAAGGUUGAUAAAAAUCCUAAUGGAACUGUCAAAUACUCGGACUUCUUGGACAAGUUCUACGGUCAAGAUGCCAGAAUCUCCAGUCCAGAAAAACGUGUCAAUGGCCCUAUGAGGUUUAUGCCACCGACGUCUGCCCGGGAAAUCAACAUAGAUAUGAUAGAGAAAAUGCUGAAAGACCGGAUUGCAAACAAUAUGAAGGCGGUCGUCAAGGCUCUACAACUGUUUGACUACAACAGGGACGGGAAAGUCCAGCGUCACGAACUACGUCGAGUCUUGGACAACUACUGCUUCAAGCUCUCGGAUUCACAAUUUGACAAGCUUUGGAUGCGGUACGAUUUCCAUCACACAGGACAGUGUAAUUACAAACAGUUUCUGGAGCGUAUGGGAGUCAGCGUGGCUCACCAGUCCCGACCACCACCACAGGAUGGGGCCAAGGGAGCCUUGCUAUGGCCCCAGAAACCUGUCCCUCCAGCCAUGGGGGGCGUGGUCCUGAAACAAAGGAAAGAGGAUGAACAGGCUAUACAGAAAAUGGGCUUCGACCAGAUCGAGGCAGAAUUCAGACUGAGGAUGAGACGGAACUACCUGAACCUGAAGAAGAUGUUUAUUUCAUUUGAUCGUAACCUGGACGGGUUUAUACAGUUGGAUGAUCUUAAGUCCAUCCUCAUUCAGUUCACCCUUCCAAUGUCAGACCCACUCUUUAAACAGCUCAUGGAAAGAUGUAAUGUCCGGGGCACCGGAAAGAUAUCGUGGGAGGCAUUUUUGGAGAAGUUCCAGGACGCUCAAGCACCAGGAAAUGGUCAAACCCUACCCAUAAAACCUGGUCACAAAUUUUUUCCCAUACGCGAAGAGAUGCAGAAGUUCGAGGUGGAAGAUAUAUGGCGACUGUUGUAUAAACAUGUACACAAUCACUACCACUCUAUCAAGCAAGCGUUCCUACAGUUUGAUAUCAGUCGUAAAGGGCGAGUGACAAGGAAAGAAUUAAGAAACAUAAUUGAAAAGUUCACGUUCCGCCUGGACGACCAGCAGUUCAAACAGUUGAUGCUGAAGCUGGACCCUGAACAUACGAACAAUAUUUCCUACCAUCAGUUCCUGGGGCUGUUUGAGGAAACUGAAUCGCUGGCGGAGGGACACAAGUGGCUUAACUCUGUACAUAGAUUUAAUGAAAAUCCCAAACCUGCUAUCAUGGCAUGGGAAACAGUGGAAGAAAUCUUACGUGAAAAGAUCACAGAGAAUUGGAAAUCAGUUUCUGGUGCUAUCGUGGAUUUUGAUCAUAAAGAUAAAGGUUAUAUUACCCAACAACAAAUGAAAAAGGUCAUUGACGAUUAUGUAUUACCCAUCUCUGACCAGCAUUUUAGUCAUAUGCUACAGAGAUGUGAGGAUUGUGGGAACAGUAAAGUGAACUACGUAGAAUUCCUGGAGAAACUCCACGUUGACGUAACGCCGGGAGAUCUUCUCGGACUCAGUACACAAAUACACGACGAAAGUCACGUCCGGGAAAACUUCCGGUGUAGAGACCAGCUAGAUAGACAAAUUCGAAACAUACGGAGGGCAAAACACAAAACGGACAACAUGACGGCGGAUGAAGUGAUGGCUCGUCUAAAGGAUCGGAUGUCCCAACACAAGAUGCAGAUCCGCCAGGCCUUCCUCUCCUUUGAUAAGAGUGGCAAGGGCAAGGUGAACAAACGCAAUUUCAGAGAGGUACUGGCGGGCAUGGGAAUGCCAAUGGCGGACGACCAUUUCCAGGAUCUUGUUUCCCAGAUCGGGUUCCGGAAUGGGUCCAUGAUGUACAGUGACUUUGUCCAGGCGUUUGAGGACCCGCGGAACCAUGGACCAGGUGAUGAUGUCCAGCGUUCUGGAAAUCACCAUGUCAACCCCAUCAGGGGAGACGAGUAUGGGAUGUCAGCUGAUGAGGUUGAGAAAAGGCUUCUUGGCAAGCUUCGGGAGAAUUUCGCUAAUUUACGUGCGGCUUUUUAUAAAUUUGAUGAUGAUCACAAUGGAAUUCUAACAAAAAGUAAUUUCCGUAGACUUUUGGAUUCGUUUAUGUGUAUAAUGUCGGACAAUGAGUAUGAAGUACUGUGUAAACGAAUGGGCAUAGACACCAAGUCACGGAUAACGUACGAAGACUUCCUACGGAGGUUCGAGAUCAGGGACACCGCUGAAGGUCACAAGUGGCUUAACUCGGUUCAUAGGUAUAAUGAUACACAGCCGACCUCCGAGUUGACCGCCACGGAGGUCCACGGAGAACUGAAACGGAAGGUCCACCAGCAAUGGAAGGACAUAGCAGGGGCAUUUAUCAGUAUUGAUUCGCGAGGAAAAGGAAUCAUUACAAAACGAGACCUGAGAGACUUACUGUUUAGGUUUGUCCUACCCAUGUCACCGGAGGAAUUCAAGAGUCUGUGGGCAAUGUAUGAUAGUGCUGGAAAAGGUUUCCUCUCACACAAAGACUUCCUGGCGAAGUUGGGCACCUCAGAGUUCACACCCACGGAUAUCAUCGGUACCAGCAGUAAAAUCAUAAAUGACAGUAAACAAUACAUUAUUGAUCACAACAAGCAACAGCUGGGCAAACACCAGAGGAUCACGCAACACCAGGCGGAGCGUGUGAUGUUUAUGUCAGCGGAGGAGGUGGAGCGACAGCUGAGAGAUAAGAUCAGGGACCACUACAAGGAUUUCUAUGCUGCCUUCAUGCAGUAUGACACAGAAAAGAAAGGUUCGCUUUCCGUCAAAGACGUCCAGAAAGUUCUCACAGACUUAAACUUCUUUAUGAAUGAUGAAGAGUUUUUCCUCCUUCUUGACAGGAUUGGUUUACCCACGAACAGAAGUCGUCUGAACUACGACGCCUUCCUGAGGGCAUUCGAGGAUGGGCGAAAGUCUGCUUACGGUAACAGAACACCCGAGUUCCAAGUCUCGCAAUAUAUGGGUAUCACGCCCCAGGAAGCUGAAGGACGUCUCAGGGAGAUGGUGUCCAAAAAUUAUGACCUUCUUAGCAGGGCAUUUGCAGCGUUUGAUAAACAUAGCACACAACUGAUACCCCUUGCGGACUUCCGGAGAACACUGGACAUCUUUAUGUUCAAGCUGACGGAUGCUCAGUGGAAAUACCUGAAGAGUCGACUACAGAUCACGGAGGACCAGGUCAACUAUCUCAUGUUCCUGGAUAAUAACACCCUCAGCGGCUCCGAGGAUGCUGAGAGAUGGCUCACCAAUCUAACAAAGACCAUCAACGCCCAGACACCUAGUCUCAACUCUAUGGAAGAAAUACAGACUCGCUUGAAGGAAACUGUGGCUGGCCAUUUUAACACACUGGCUAGAGCCUUUAGCGACCUCGACUACGCUGGAAUCGGGGUCGUCACCAAGGAAGACUUUAAAGAAGUCAUCAAUAAGACGGCCUUUAGGAUCACCGAGGAGCAGUUUGACAACCUGAUGGCCUACAUCCCGACCAAUGAGUUCGGGAAUAUUGACUACAAACAGUUCAUGAAGCAGUUCUCUACCGGCCCAGAGGAAAUGGACAAGCUACAGCCCCUCCCCCAGCGCCCCGCCUCCACCUUAAUGGGACGACGCCCACAGUCCAGGGCUAUGUCACGCUCUAUGACUCAGCUUGAUAUGAGGAAGACAGGCACUAGAAUGUCCCGAGGACCAUCUCGCAUGGCCACGCCCAUGAUCAAUGCGGAGUCAGGGGAGCAGCAGCUCAAGGACGUCAUCUUCCGCCACUGGAAGGAGGUCCAGCGGUUGUGUCGGAAUCAGGAUCGUAACAACACCGGCACCAUCCCCAACAACGAUAUACUGGAAAUCUUUGACAAGUUUGGAGUCCAGAUUCCUCAGCAUGACCUUAGCGAUCUGCUAACAAAGUACGAUAUCCAGGAAGAUGGGACUUUCUCCUAUGUGGACUUCCUUAGACAUUUCAUCAUCAACCUCAAACCCGGAGAGCAAGUCGGGUCAUCUAUGUCACGGAAACAGAUACCACAGACUCGAGUGACGACUGAAACCGGCCCAACAUCUAACCAGUUUUACGAGGCAAUGGUCAGGGUUCGGGAUUGUGUGAUGCAGAAUUGGAAAGAAAUGAGACGCAAUUUCCGUUCUAUAGAUCCUGGAAAUUCCGGAAACGUAGAAGCUGUGGACUUCCGUAGAGUUUUGCGACAAUUUAACAUGAAUCUCUCGGAGGAAGAAUUCUAUCACCUGGUGUCGUAUUACGACAAGAGCUUAGAAGGGACUGUCAAUUACAAUGACUUUAUCAGAGCAUACCUACAAUAUUCAUGAUCAGUCUCCCUCGAAUGUUUGACAGGAAGCUGCGAUUAGUAUUAUUGGCUUAAACUUGCAUUUUCAUUUGCUUGAGUGUUCUUAGAAUUUCUUUUCUCAGACUUUAAUAAUUAUUUAGCAGAUUUCGUUAUUAGCCUGCUAGUCAUAAGCAUCAACUAUGUCAGAAAUACAAUGCAGUAAUUAUUUUUGUACAGAAUUAUAUAUCAUUAAUUUUGAUAUAUUUUUUCAUACUAUUGCCCGAAUUCUCUUUAAAGAAAACUGUUAGGUAAUCAAAAGCUAAAUGUUGUUGUAAAUAUUGUAAAAUAUAUUUAGAUUUGAUUUUAAAUGUGAUAGGAAAAAUUGAUACACCAAGCGGAAUACCAGGGUAUAUAUACAUUGUACUAAGCAUGUUAGACAUGUAAGCAUGAACAGAUCAGUUGCCCUAAGAAAAUAAAUGUGGCAACAAAUGUUUGGUGUUUGUAUUCCUGGUUUAAAACUUGCUUGAAAUGUCAGUACUAUGUAAAUAAAUACAUGUGCUACACUGUAAACAAAAUAUGUGGCCUAAAAUAUGGUCGAUAGGUCUACAAUUUUGAUACGUAGAAUUUUGUCUGUUGAAUAGUAAAGAUAAUUAAUGUUGUCUUUUUUUUUUAAAAACAAAUUCCAUCUAAACGAUUGAUUCAAAAAUCAUUUAGCUUAACAAUGGCGGGACUUAUUUUCACAGAAAUUUCCUCUAUCAAAUUUAUAUUAGAGAUCUAUCAAUUUUUACAAAAUUUAAUUUUCGACUUUUUCCAGACCUGUGUAAAAUAUUGUUUUAUCAAUAUUGUAUUUACAUUUUAUAAAGGUAUACAGGCAAUGUCAAAUAACACACAAUAUUUUAUAAAACCUGCAUUUAAUGCAAAAAUCACAGACAUGAAUGUAUAUCAGUUUUAAACUUUUUUUGCAAAAGUUUGAUAUUAAUGUAUUUUAAGCCACAAUAUUUAAGUCGACUUCUAAAUGCCAAUGUUAUGAAACUUUUUCUACAAACUAUCCAUAUAUAAACACAUUCAAUUUGUUGUAAUUUCUUCCAUAUGUAUUGUAGUGUAUUUGAUAUAAGACUUGUACAAACAAUUUGUGUGAUUGUUAAAGAUCGUCAAUAAUUGUUGCUAAUGUUUAAGAUGUAUAUGUUUUGUAUCAGAAGGAUAUAAUUGUUUUAAGAGAGUUUUAAUUUUACAAAUUAUAUUUACAUUUUUUUAAAUAUAUGACUUUUUACAUGUACAUUGUAUAUAUUUCUGCUGUCUGUGAUAAUGUCUUGUCUCCUCAGUGCUUUAUAAGUAUUAGGGGCAGACAAACUUUAAAUUGUUAUACUUCUCAGAUAAAUAAAUACUUACAAGCAGUGCUGUCUUGUUAGUCUAAGACAAUUAAGUUUUUAAAAGGCUGAUUUUUUUUUCUCAACAAUUUUCUGUCAGUUCCAAGUCAUUUUAAAAAUUUGACAGAAAAAUUACAUCCUUUUUUGGAGAUAUUCAGACUUUUAAUUUGUUUUGUUGCAUCGUUCUCUUCAGUCUUCAAAUCUUAAUUUUACUUCAAUGUACACAUUGCUUUUGUAAACCAAAGUAUUAAAAUGUCUUUCCAUGUUUUGUUACUUGUUACAGAAUUUUGUAUAAUACCAUUGUGGAAAUUUUUGCGCUAACAAUAGUUCUGCAAUCUAUGUAUUCUAUUAAUCUGUGAUCUUUAUAAUCUAUAAAUCAAUAUUCGCAUGUGGAUAUUUUCAUGCUUAUUUUACUCAAUGCGAAAAACAUGACGAUUUCCCACACACGAACAUUUCAACUUUUAUAGUAUUAGAUAUAUCCAUUGUUCCUAUUUCGAAUCAUUUCAGCAUGUAUUACGUACCUGUUCAGAAAAAGAAGCCGAAUUUCAAUAAAUAAUUUUUCUGAGUUCAAAGAUUUUUGAAGUGUUUAGUUUGAUCGUAAACUUGUUAAAGAAAUGUUUAUCAACAUGAUGUACUAUUUUAGUUGUAUACAUACUACUCAUUUUAGUUCGUGAAAUCUCAGAAACAGAUGUCAAAGUCUUUGAACAGUUUUUCGGAAUUUCCAAAUCUGCAUGAAGUAAAUUUUUCUUGAUGUGGUUGACGCUGUCAGGAUGGUUGAUGUCAUAUACAGCUGCUGCGCUUGGUUUUAUUUUUGCAAGUCACCAGUUUACAAAACCAAUUGAAUAUCUAAAUGUUCUUUUUUUUUCUUGGUAUGCACUUCACAAUUGCUUAUAUGUACACAAAGAGUUUGGAAUUUAAACCAUAAGCAAUAUAUGUAUUUCAAAACAGGCAGAAGUUUGCAAUAUCCAUAAAUUGAAAUACCAAGUAAAGAUUUAUAUUUUUUAUUCAUCAUUUGAGGUGUUUUUUUAAAGAUAUUUUUUGCAUCUUUCUAAUAGCUGGUGACAAUCUAAGACUGUGAUGUUUGAUUUUAAAUGAACAUCCGAUUUACUAUUGACAGUAAAUGUGUUGUGAAAAAUGGAAUGUUCAAUAUAUUUUUUUUAUUUCGUUUUUUUUUUUUAAUGAGAAAGGACCUUAUGAUAGAAAUAUUUGAACAUUUUUUUUUAACAUUUUCACUUUCAAUCACAUGCAAACAAUCGAUAAAACAAUUUCAUGAUUUGUGUGGUAGUUAAUUGUUUGAAUAGGAGUUGAUUUAAUUGUUUGAAGUGAUUUGCUUUCAUUCUGAAUCGCAAUUUGUUUAAGUCUGUUGAAUAAAAUUGUAGCUCUGACACACUUUCAUUAACACACAGCAAUAACAUCUUAUAUUGAUCUUUCUAUCCAAAUCCAAUCUCUGAUACCACAGUGUAAUAUACAUUACAACAGGACAAAAAUUGUACAUCAAUUUAUACCAUAAAGUCAAUUCCUUCACAGUUUAAAAACUCAAUUCAGAUUUUCUUUCAUCUUCAGAUGAAAAUUAAAUUUGCAUCAUCCACAUUUACUUGUAUGUACUUUUCUCUGAAUACGUGUGCACACGACUGAUCUCUGCUAGCGAAAUGGACCUGGAACAGAACCUUCGGUCUGAAAAUAAAUCUGAUUCAGUUUCUCCAUGAUAUAACAUCUAAAGUUGUGAUAUUUUCAUUUCGGUAGUUUACAUUCGUGAUGGCACCAUUCAUAGGACUGCUUCAUACAAUUAAAGUCAAAAGUUCUUGUAUUGCAAUAUUACAAAAGUGCCUGCCUGGUGCGCUAUAUUUCAUGGGAUUUUUGUUUUUAUUGCAUGUAUCUUUCUUGGUACUGUGAUAAAAAAAAUCAUGAAUUUCAAUAUGAAAUUGAUGGCACUUGCCCUUUUUUUUCGAACAGCAUAAGCCCUCUAAAAUGAAAAACUUAUUUCAUAAAUCUCAUGUAAAAUGAAGAUAUGCAUUUUCAUAUGGUUCUUCUCAACGGUGUAUGCGAAUUGAAACCUUUACAGGUUGAAAAAUUAAAUUCAUUUCAAGCUUUCUUAAAUGUUGUAAAUCAUGAAUUAUGUAACUUUUUACUAUGAAUUGAUGUGAUGUGUUUAAAUAAUUAAAACCUAUGAUUAUAAAAAGCGUGAAUUUGUACAUUCCCAAACAAUUGCUGCUGAAUGUCAUGUAGUAUUGAAAUUUACUGUUUACUUUUUAAACCAGAUUUCUUAGUCCAUUGAUUGCUGGCGUACUAGGCCAAACAGUACUGCUGAAUUUAUCAUCAGUAUUUGAAAUAUAUAAAAUAGUUUUUGUUGUACCACUGUCAAAUAAGCUGUGUAGAUGUUACAAAAUUUUACAUAACACAAUUAAGAUAGUCAUUACAAGGGCCCGAGAUGAUGUUUUAGUCAAAUUUACUGCUGAAUAAAUUUCAAGUAUUACAUUCUACAAUUUUAACGUACAACAUAAUGUAUAAGAUAUAUCAUUAUUCAAAAAACUUGUACAAUCCAUGUAAUAAAUUUGUCAUUGUUUGAAAAAUAUAUUUCAAAAGAUAUAUUUUCUAUGAUAUGGCUGCACAUAAUUAUUUUGACAUUACCAGAAAAACAACUGCAAUAUUAUGCAAUUUGUGCAUGCCACACAUUUUAUAAAACAUGCAGAUUUAUUACUUGAUGGAGAUGGUCUUUCAAAAGAAUCCUGAGAUGAUGUUUUAGUUGAAUUUUACUGCUGAGCAUACACCAGAAGUAUUACAAAAUCUCAAAUAUAAAUUAAUGAUGAUGAAAUUAAAAAAUUUCACAAAUGCAA